UCUUGCCUUGACGACCGUUCCCUCUGUGAUCCACACGCUGAAUGUGUGCCUGGAGAAGGAGGACACUACGUCUGCAAUUGCCACUACGGUUAUCGUGGCAACGGCCGAACAUGCACUCCUGAUUCCGAUUCGCGCGAUGACGUUCUGCUCGUUUCUCGAGGAAUGGCAAUUUUCCACCGAGGAAUAAAUCCAGAAGUGCCCGGAAAGCAGCUGGUCGUGAAUACCUCAUCAUAUCGCUGUCGGUUUGGACUAUGA